GCCGGGGCCGCCGCCGCUUUACGUAAGGCGCAGGCCAGGGCCGCCGGCGCUCGGUGCCGCUCGGAGCCCGCGGAGGAGAGGAGGCGCCGCCGCCAGCCGCAGCCGCUCGGCAGACCCACAUUCGCCUCCAUGGGAAGUUAAAGGAGAGCAUCCCACCUGGUGCCGCCCGCAGAGGGGAGUUCCGGGCUAGACGCUGCCUGCCAGCCAGACCAAUGCUCACCCUCCAUGCCCCGCCUCUCUGCCCGCCCCCGGAGUGAAAACCCCCUCCGACACCAACAGCACGUCAGCUGCGGAAGAUGCUCUGCGCUCUAAGGAAGUCUGCCACCUGAAUUCAUGCGCCCUGUCUGUGCGGUUGUGGAUGGUUUACCACCUGAAGGCUCCUCCGGCUCUUUCCCAGGCCCCGUCUCGGUCUCUGAAAUGUCUCUGCUGCAUGCUCUGGGUCCAGUGCAGACCUGGCUGGGACAGGAGCUGGAGAAAUGUGGCAUCGAUGCCAUGAUCUACACGCGGUAUGUCCUCAGUCUCCUGCUGCAUGACAGCUAUGACUAUGACCUGCAGGAACAGGAGAAUGACAUCUUCCUGGGCUGGGAAAAAGGAGCUUACAAGAAAUGGGGGAAGAGCAAGAAGAAGGGCUCAGAUCUAACUCUGGAAGAGAUGAAAAAACAGGCUGCUGUCCAGUGUCUCCGGUCUGCAUCUGAUGAAAGCUCCGGGAUCGAGACGCUGGUGGAGGAGCUCUGCUCCCGCCUCAAAGACCUGCAGAGCAAGCAAGAAGAGAAGAUUCACAAGAAGGUAGAAGGGUCUCCCUCUCCAGAGGCAGAACUGUCCCCAACAGCAAAGGAUCAAGUGGAAAUGUACUACGAAGCAUUUCCCCCGCUGUCGGAGAAGCCAGUUUGCCUGCAGGAGAUCAUGACCGUGUGGAACAAGUCCAAAGUCUGCUCUUCCUCCAGCUCCUCGUCAUCUUCCACCGCGCCCCCGGCCAGCACAGACACGGCGUCCCCCAGGGACUGCAACAGUGAGGGCGAGGCCAGCAGGGACAGAGGCGAGGCGGGGCCCCCCGCUGGCCACUCGAAAGCCCCGAGCAGGAGUGAAAGCGAGAAGGAGAACAAAUUUGGGAACGGCACAAUCGAAGAGAAGCCUGCUCUGUACAAAAAACAGAUCCGACACAAACCCGAAGGCAAGGCCCGCCCUCGCUCCUGGUCUUCCGGCUCCAGUGAGGCAGGCUCCAGCUCGAGCGGCAACCAGGGGGAGCUGAAAGCGUCCAUCAAGUGCGUGAAAGUCAGACACAAGGCGCGCGACCUCCGCAGCAGGAAGGGGCGGGGCGGGCAGAGCAGGCUCUCACUGAGGCAGGGCGAGAGGGCCGAGAGGAGCGCCCACGUGGGCGGAGGCAGCAGCAGCAGCGGCGGCGGCGGCUCUGGCAGACAGCUGUGCAGGCGGGCGAAGAGACCACUGAAAGAGGCGGGCAGGAGGGACACGGAUAGCACGGAGGACAGAGAGCUGCACCUGGACAGCAGGAACGACACGGAGUACAAAGAAGAGCCGCUGUGGUACACCGAGCCCAUCGCAGAGUACUUCGUUCCCGUGAGCAGGAAGAGUAAACUAGAGACCACAUACCGGAACCCGCAGGAGGCGCGGGGCCCGACGGCAGAGGUGGUGGGGGAGCUGUCCGACUCCGUGCACGGUCUCUGUCUCAGCAACAGCAACGUUCAUAAAGCAUACCUCGCAGCGGGUACUUUCAUCGACGGUCACUUUGUAGAAAUGCCUGCGGUUAUCAAUGAGGAGAUUGACCUCCCCGGGACCUCGUUCUGUUCUCUCCCUGAGGACAACAGCUACCUGGAUGAUAUUCAUCUGUCAGAGUUAACACACUUCUAUGAAGUGGAUAUUGACCAAUCCAUGUUGGAUCCUGGUGCCUCAGAAACAAUGCAAGGAGAAAGUCGGAUUUUGAAUAUGAUUCGACAAAAAAGCAGAGAGAGAAGCGAUUUUGAGGCAGAAUGUUGCAUAGUGUUAGAUGGGAUGGAGUUGCAAGGGGAACGUGCAAUAUGGACAGAUUCCACCAGCUCCGCGGCCGCCGAGGGCCAGUUCCUGCAGGGCCUGGGCAACCUGGCGCAGUUCUGGGAGUGCUGCUCGUCCAGCUCCGUGGAUGCUGACGGCGAGAGCUUCGGGGGAGAGUCUCCGAUCAGACUCUCCCCCAUCUUAGACGGCGCGGCCCUCAACCCACAUUUGCUUGCUGGCAAUCAAGAGCUCUUCUCAGAUAUUAAUGAAGGAUCUGGUAUAAACUCUUGUUUUUCAGUGUUUGAAGUGCAAUGCAGUAAUUCUGUUUUACCAUUUUCUUUUGAAACACUCAACUUGGGGGAUGAAAAUACAGAUUCUAGUGUGAACACACUUGAGAAAACACAGUCCAGAUUGCUAAUAUGGACCAGAAAUAGUGCCUUUGAAGAAAAUGAACACUGUUCUAACCUUUCCACAAGAACCUGUAGUCCAUGGUCCCAUUCAGAAGAAACUCGUUCAGACAAUGAGACGUUAAGUCUCCAGUUUGAAGAAUCCACGCAGUUUAAUGCAGAAGAUAUUAAUUACGUAGUUCCUAGAGUCUCGUCAAAUUAUGUAGAUGAAGAACUUCUAGAUUUCUUGCAAGAUGAAACUUGCCAACAAAACAGUAGAACUUUAGGAGAGAUCCCUACUUUAGUUUUUAAAAAAAAAUCGAAACUAGAAUCUGUCUGUGGUAUUCAGCUAGAACAAAAACCAGAGAACAAAACCUUUGAGACCACGCACGUGCGUGGGGACGGCAGCCCGGGCGGGGGCGGCUGCAGCCCGGGGGCCGUGAAAGACAUCUGGACGCAGCUGGCGGAGAGGGACGCCGCGGCGCUGGCGGAAGUGGAAGGAGCUGCCGAUGAGCUCUUCGCGCCAGACGUGAACAACUACUGCUGCUGCCUGGACGCCGAGGCCGAGGCCGAGCCGCUCCGUGAGCCCAGCAAGGCCGUGCAGCGGUCCGAGUACCGCCUGUGGGACGGGCAGAAGGAGGACCCAGAGAAGCGGGCCUUCGCGUCCGGCGAGCUGUCCAAGGUGGACGGCGGCGACUACACCACGCCCUCCAAGCCCUGGGACGCGGCCCAGGAGAAGGAGAGCGCGUUCAUCCCGGGCGGCGUGUACGGGGAGCUGAAGACCUUCAGCAGCGCCGGGGAGUGGGCCGUGGUGCCGCCCGGCCACGCCAAGGGCAGCCUGCUGCAGUGCGCGGCCUCCGACGUGGUCACCAUCGCCGGCACGGACGUCUUCAUGACGCCGGGCAACAGCUUCGCGCCUGGCCACCGGCAGCUGUGGAAGCCCUUCGUGUCCCUGGAGCAGAGCGACCCGCCGAGGACGGGCGAGGGCGGGCUCAACAAGGGGUUUUCCUUGGUCUUCCACGAAGACUUCCUGGGAGCUUGCGGCAACUUCCAAGUGGAAGAUCCGGGACUCGAAUACUCAUUCUCUUCCUUCGACUUCAACAAUCCGUUCUCACAGGUUCUCCACGUGGAAUGUUCCUUUGAACCCGAAGGGAUCGCAUCGUUCAGCCCUAGUUUUAAACCGAAGUCCAUCCUCUGCUCGGAUUCCGACAGCGACGCCUUCCGCCCCAGGAUAUGUGGCGUGGACAGAACCCGGUACAGGGCCAUUCGGAUCUCGCCCCGGACUCACUUCCGCCCCAUUUCCGCUUCGGAACUGUCCCCUGGAGGGGGCAGCGAGUCCGAGUUCGAGUCGGAGAAGGACGAAGCCGGUAUUCCCCUCCCUCCUCAGGCUGAAGCGUUCGAAGACCCACAGGCAGAUCUCAAGCCCCUGGAGGAGGACGCGCAGAAGGAAGGCCAUUACUACGGGAAGUCGGAGCUGGAGUCGGGGAAGUUCCUGCCCCGGCUGAGGAAGGCGGGCAUGGAGAAGAGUGCGCAGACGUCCCUGGACUCGCAGGAGGAGCCGGCGGGGCUGCCGGCCGCGAAGCCGGCCCCGUGCCUGGAGUGCCGCGGGGACGAGCCCCCGGAAGCCGGCGCCGAGAGCUCGGGGGCAAACUGUAAGAUAAUGGCCCCGUGUGAGGAAGAAACCAGUCCUUUCUGUGGCUGCAAAGCGGGCUGUCAGUUCCCUGCCUGUGACGACGACCCGGUUCCUCCCGGACAGCUGGAGGAGUUCCCCGUGCUGAGCACUGAUGUACCAGGAAUAACCCGAAGUCAGGAGAAGCAGACCUGGUGGGAGAAAGCCCUGUACUCGCCCCUUUUCCCCGCGUCAGAGUGCGAAGUUUCUCCUUGGACCAAGAUGACCGAUGGAAACCUUUCCAGCUCUACAAAUGGCGUGGCCUUGAUGGGCAUUCUGGAUGGUCGGCCAGGAAACCAUAUUCAGAACCUGCAACACUUGAAUCUCAAGGCGCCCAGAUCCCUCUCGUUGCCGGAGUGUGGGUCCAAGCUGAAACUCGGGGCUCUAGACCAGCACAGCCUGCAGUCCGUGGACUCAGGCAUUCCUACCCUAGAGAUUGGCAACCCGGAGCCCGUCCCCUGCAGCGUGGUGCAUGUGAAGAGGAAGCAGUCUGAGUCGGAGAUCGUUCCUGAGCGGGCCUGCCAGAGCGCGUGCCCGCUGCCGUCCUACGCGCCACCAGCUCCCCCCAGCGCCGAGCGGGAGCAGAGUGUGCGGAAGUCCUCCACGUUCCCCAGGACGGGCUAUGACUCGGUGAAGCUCUACAGCCCCACCUCCAAAGCCCUGAACCGCAGCGAUGACGUGUCCGUCUGCAGCGUGUCCAGUCUCGGCACCGAGCUGUCCACCACCCUGUCCGUCAGUAAUGAGGACAUCUUGGACCUCAUGGUCACGAGCAGCUCCAGUGCCAUCGUGACCCUGGAGAAUGUCGAUGACCCACAGUUUACUGACGUCACCUUGAGCUCCAUCAAGGAAACUCAUGACCUACACCAGCAGGACUGUGCUGAUGAAAUUGCAGAGGGAAGUAAAUUGAAAAAAUUGGGACCAUUUAGUAACUUCUUUACAAGGAAUUUGCUUACUAGAAAACAAAAUGCAAGACUUGACAAACAAAAUGACUUGGGAUGGAAGUUAUUUGGAAAAAUACCACUCCGAGAGAAUGCUCAGAAAGAGUCAAAGAAAGUACAAAAGGAAUAUGAAGACCAGGCUGGCCGAGCUAGCAGGCCGCCCUCCCCGAAGCAGAAUGUGAGGAAGAACCUUGACUUCGAGCCGCUCUCCACCACCGCACUCAUCCUGGAGGACAGACCCGCAAAUCUGCCAGCGAAGCCCGCUGAAGAAGCCCAGAAGCACAGGCAGCAGUAUGAAGAAAUGGUGGUCCAGGCCAAGAAGCGAGAGCUGAAGGAAGCGCAGCGGAGGAAGAAGCAGCUGGAAGAAAGAUGCCGGCAGGAAGAGAGCAUCGGGAAUGCUGUCCUGACGUGGAACAAUGAGAUUUUGCCUAACUGGGAAACCAUGUGGUGCUCUCGAAAGGUCCGGGACCUGUGGUGGCAGGGGAUCCCUCCCAGCGUGCGGGGCAAAGUCUGGAGCUUAGCCAUUGGCAACGAGUUAAACAUCACCCACGAGCUCUUCCACAUCUGCCUCGCCCGAGCCAAGGAGAGGUGGCGGUGCUUCAGCGCGGGCGGCCCCGACGCAGACAGUGAAGAUGCCGGGUUCUCAGCGGCCGACAGAGAAGCCAGCCUGGAGCUGAUCAAACUGGACAUUUCUAGAACAUUCCCUAACCUCUGCAUUUUCCAGCAGGGCGGCCCGUAUCAUGACAUGCUGCACAGCGUUUUGGGCGCUUAUACUUGUUACCGACCGGAUGUGGGCUAUGUGCAGGGCAUGUCCUUCAUAGCCGCAGUGCUGAUCCUGAACUUGGACACUGCAGAUGCCUUCAUCGCGUUUUCCAAUCUUUUGAAUAAACCUUGUCAAAUGGCGUUUUUCCGAGUGGACCAUGGCCUUAUGUUGACUUAUUUUGCUGCAUUUGAGGUAUUCUUUGAAGAAAACUUGCCGAAAUUAUUUACUCAUUUCAAGAAAAACAGCUUAACUCCAGACAUCUACCUAAUUGAUUGGAUCUUUACCUUGUACAGUAAGUCUCUGCCCCUCGACCUGGCCUGCCGCAUCUGGGACGUGUUCUGCCGCGACGGGGAGGAGUUCCUGUUCCGCACGGCCCUGGGCAUCCUGCGGCUGUUCGAGGACAUCCUGACCCGGAUGGACUUCAUCCACGUCGCCCAGUUCCUCACCAGGCUGCCCGAGGACCUGCCCGCGGACGAGGUGUUUGCCUCCAUAGCUGCAGUUCAGAUGCAAAGUCGCAGCAAGAAGUGGGCUCAGGUGCUGACGGCGUUGCAGAGGGACAGCCGGGAGACGGAGAAAGGAAGCCCGUCGCUCAGGCACUGAGGCGAGGUGGACCGCGGCGCCGGAGCGAGCUGCCAGCGCACGUGCUGUGAGGGCGGACACUCUGGCCCCGAGAACAGGGCCUGUUCCUGUUUGCCCCUGGUACUGCAGUUGGCCUUAAAACAAACCAGACUCUUGGAGGAUUAACCAAGGCUUAGCCUUAAGAAGCUCAGUGGAAUGGUGACUAGUACUGACAUGGCAACCACUGCACAGUGCAUGGUUUAAAACAGGGCCUGGCUCUCCCGUCCCAGCAAACGUGAUUAAAUUGCGCUGCUUCUCUGUCACUCCGCCAGGGCGUAGUCUUUCUCAGCCGAGGUGCAUGGAGGUGUUGGGAGACCUCAGGUGUUCCCGGCCAUGGUCACCUCUUGUGAUAAGAAAGGGGUGGCUGAUUGAGUUACUGAGGUCCCCGCUCCGCACACAGGCCCAGUGUGGGAAGCCCACCUACCAAAGAUGCGUGAAGGCCCGAGCUCUCGUGGACGCCCCGGACUCACCGGCCCUCGGGGUGACGUCUUACCAUGUUGCCUUGACAGUGACAGCGCGAGCGAGGGCUGACGUGCUUGCGUAGGCCCACGGGAGCCCUGUGCGCCCGGAGGCCGCCCGGCCUGUAGGCAGUGGAGAGCAGUGGAGGGCAGUGGCAGGAGGAGCUCUGCACCCCGAGGCCCCAGGCAGCAGGCAACCCUGAAGCUCAUGGAGACAGGAGGGACACAGGCUCCCUUCAGUCAAGGUGUCAAACUGCCCUGCUCAUUGGUGUGCAGGUGCGGACAGCACAGUGUGUGUGAGUGUGUGUGUAUGAGAAUGUGUGAGUGUGUGUGUGUGUGUGUGUCUGUGUGUGUGAGUGUGUGUGAGAAUGUGUGUGUGUAUGAGAGAGUGUGUGUGUGAGUGUGUCUGUGUCUGUGAGUGUGUGUGUGAGUGUGUCUGUGUGUGUAUGUGAGUGUGUGUUGAGUGUGUGUGAGAAUGUGUGUGUGUGAGUAUGAGUGUGUGUGUGUGUGAGUGUGUGUGUGUGUGUGUGUGUGUAUGAGUGUGUGUGGGGCCCUGCUCCCUUGCUCUGUCCUUUGUCACCCGACAGCAGCGUCAGCCCUGAGUGCCUGUCUCCUCUCACACAUUUGGCCUAAAGGUGGACUCUCAUGAGGACCAGGAAGCGGACCACCAUACUCAGUGGCCCCAAGUCCUGUCACAUUUUCAUGUCCUUUCUGUCAGCCUUUCCGUUCUAGCUGGUUUCCCCAAGUUCACGAGCACCUUUUCUGUUCAAGAUUCUCCUUGAUGAAUUUUGAGAACUUUGUAUUAAGGACUUUGGUUAUCCAACUUCAAAUAAAUGACUAAUUUUUGCACAGAGUA